CAUCUUUGUAAGUUCUAUAUCAGAAUCAGAAAUAAUAUUACUUGGAUAGAAGUAUUACUUGGAAAAGAAAUAUUAAAAAAUUUCUAUACAUAUUAGAUAUAUCUAUACAUAAUAUAUAUUAAUUAUAAUAUCUAUUAUUACCUUAAUGAUAUAACGAAUGAAAUAUUUAUAUAGCAUAACAUUAUCUAUUGUAUAUAUAUUACAGACCUAUCUGUGAUAUAAAUAAUCAAAGUGAAACCAAUUUAGACACAGAGGCAAAUAUAGAACCAAUGACUCCAAAUUUAUUAACAAACACUACUAUAUCGGAAAUUAAUGUAAGCAAUGUCGAAAAUAACUGUUUUAACAAUACAUUGUCACACAAUACACAAAGGAAACAAACGGGUAGGACGACCAGAGUUUCAGAAAUGUGGCACAAAACAAUCGAGAAACUUUUAAACGAUACUCAAAAGGAGAAAGAGAUAAAAAAUGAAAUACAAAGACAACUAAUAACGGAAUAUAAAGCAAUGAGAAACACAUAUGAACAAUCUAUGAAAAAUAUAGAGGAACAACUAAUAAAAGCAAAUCAAUUGAAAGAAGAAAAGAACAAGUUAUUAAAAGAAAUUUUUCUUGAAAAUAAACGUUAA